CAUCACCAGCUGUCAUGCAAGCUGUCAUGUGGCAAACCCGCUGUGCGCCAGUGAGAGUGCAGAAGCAGCGGAAAAUCGAUUUUUAUCCUUAAUCUAAACGGAAGAAAAACGAUUUGCGUAAGAAAAGCAGCAGUCAGCAAACAGCUCCACCGUUGGAAAACAACACCCAGAAAGCAAACAACCCUUCGUUACGGGCUUAUCACGGCGAGGUGCUACGGUUUUUCAUAAGGGGGUAAGCAAGCGGAUAGUUCGUCAUCAUAGAUUCGUACCAAGAAAAGCGUCAUCAUCGUCACCAGCACCGCUAGCACCUCCACCAACAGCAGAAGCAACCAGCAACGGCAAAAGUAGGCGGCGAAUUUGUCCGUUUUCGUUCGUCCGGUCAUCGGCUCGUCGUCAUUCGGAGGAAGCUGUGUUACUAAGCAAUCACCUAUGCAUCGUGGCGGCUGGCUGGUUGUACCGCUUUCCAUAAAACAAAGCCUCCUAGUGUAGGGCGACAAUCGCAUCUCGGUUCAAGUGACGACAUACAGCAUUCGCCGACGUGGUCGUUUCCGGUCGCGAGCAAAGACAAGAGUGAUUGUGUGUUUCGGAAACGGGCGGUAAUUUCAGUGGGGCGAAAUAAAAAAAACGAUAUACACUUGUAGCGGACUUGCACGGAGGCCCGUGUGUGAGGUGAACAGUGCUAUUUGCAUCAUCCGCAUUCAAGAUGGCACCGGUACGUGGUGAUGGUAUGCGCGGACUGGCGGUGUUUAUAUCGGACAUCAGAAACUGCAAAAGCAAAGAGGCGGAAAUCAAGCGCAUUAACAAGGAGCUGGCCAACAUUAGGAGCAAAUUCAAAGGGGACAAAACGCUGGACGGUUAUCAGAAGAAGAAGUACGUCUGUAAGCUGCUGUUUAUCUUUCUGCUUGGCCAUGACAUCGAUUUCGGUCACAUGGAGGCGGUUAAUUUGCUGUCCUCCAACAAAUACUCGGAGAAACAAAUCGGUUAUCUGUUCAUUUCGGUGCUGGUGAACACGAACAGCGACCUGAUUAAGCUCAUCAUCCAAAGCAUCAAGAAUGAUCUGCAGUCGCGGAAUCCCAUCCACGUGAACCUUGCUUUGCAGUGCAUUGCAAACAUCGGUAGCCGGGACAUGGCGGAAGCGUUCUCGAACGAGAUCCCGAAGCUGCUCGUUUCCGGUGACACGAUGGACGUGGUGAAGCAAUCGGCGGCCCUCUGUCUGUUGCGCUUGUUCCGCACCUGUCCGGAUAUCAUCCCCGGUGGCGAAUGGACUAGCCGCAUCAUUCAUCUGCUGAACGAUCAACACAUGGGCGUGGUAACGGCUGCGACCAGCUUGAUCGAUGCGCUGGUGAAGAAGAACCCGGAAGAGUAUAAGGGAUGCGUCAGCCUGGCCGUAUCGCGUCUGUCGCGCAUCGUGACCGCGUCCUACACAGAUCUGCAGGACUACACGUACUACUUCGUGCCGGCCCCAUGGCUUUCGGUAAAGUUGUUGCGCUUGUUGCAGAACUAUAACCCACCGACGGAGGAUCCGGGCGUGCGCGGCCGGUUGAACGAGUGUUUGGAAACGAUCCUGAACAAGGCGCAGGAACCACCGAAGAGCAAGAAGGUGCAGCACUCGAACGCUAAGAAUGCGGUCCUAUUUGAGGCGAUCAAUCUGAUCAUACACAAUGACAGCGAGCCGAGUUUGCUGGUGCGCGCCUGCAACCAGCUGGGCCAGUUCCUGAGCAACCGUGAGACGAACCUGCGCUAUCUGGCGCUGGAAUCGAUGUGCCAUCUGGCAACGUCCGAGUUUUCGCACGAAGCCGUCAAGAAGCACCAGGAGGUGGUGAUCCUGUCGAUGAAGAUGGAAAAGGAUGUGUCGGUGCGCCAGCAGGCCGUCGAUCUGCUGUACGCAAUGUGCGAUCGCUCGAACGCGGAAGAGAUUGUGCAGGAGAUGCUGAACUAUCUGGAAACGGCGGAUUAUUCGAUCCGCGAGGAAAUGGUACUGAAAGUGGCUAUACUGGCGGAAAAGUAUGCCACCGAUUACACCUGGUACGUGGACGUAAUCCUGAACCUGAUCCGAAUUGCGGGCGAUUACGUGUCGGAGGAGGUCUGGUACCGUGUCAUUCAGAUCGUAAUUAACCGCGAGGAGGUACAGGGUUACGCGGCAAAGACCGUCUUCGAGGCGCUACAGGCACCGGCCUGUCACGAAAACAUGGUCAAGGUGGGAGGCUAUAUUUUGGGCGAGUUUGGAAAUUUGAUCGCGGGCGAUUCACGCUCGGCCCCGAUGGUACAGUUUAAGCUGCUGCACUCGAAGUACCAUCUGUGCUCGUCGAUGACGCGCGCCCUGCUGCUGUCGACGUACAUUAAGUUUAUUAAUCUGUUUCCGGAGAUUCGCGGCACCAUACAGGACGUGUUUCGGCAGCACAGCAAUCUGCGUUCGGCCGAUGCCGAGCUGCAGCAGCGUGCGAGUGAGUACUUGCAGCUGAGUAUUGUCGCUUCCACCGACGUGUUGGCUACCGUGCUGGAGGAGAUGCCGUCGUUCCCGGAACGCGAAAGUUCCAUACUGGCGGUGCUGAAAAAGAAGAAACCGGGCCGGGUGCCGGAAAAUGCGGAAAUCCGCGAUAACAAGAGCCCGGUACCGAACAGUCAUAAUGCUCACAACAAUGCUCAAACUAAUCACACUUCCAGUGCGAACAACGCAAAUGCUAGUUCCGAUUUGCUCGGACUAAGCACACCACCGGCCAGCCAGUCUGGUACACUGAUCGAUGUGCUGGGUGACAUCUACAGCACAACCAACGGCAACAGCAGUGUGGUUAAUAAUUCCAAAAAAUUCGUUUUCAAAAACAAUGGUGUCCUAUUCGAAAACGAUCUGCUACAGAUCGGUGUAAAGAGUGAAUUCCGCCAGAAUCUGGGCCGGUUGGGUUUGUACUAUGGUAACAAAACGCAAACGGCACUGCAAAACUUCGUACCCACGCUGCAGUGGUCGGCCGAGGAUGCGCUUAAGCUGAACGUACAGAUAAAGGCCGUUGAGCCGACGCUCGAAGCGGGCGCACAGAUACAGCAGCUGCUAACGGCCGAAUGUAUCGAUCACUAUCUCAGCGCACCGUCGAUCGUGAUUUCGUUCCGCGUGAGCGGAGGUGCGCAGCAAAAGAUUACGGUUAAUCUUCCAUUGACGAUCAACAAGUUCUUCGAACCGACGGAGAUGAAUGCGGAAUCAUUCUUUGCCCGGUGGAGAAAUCUGGGCGGUGAGCAACAAAGAGCGCAACGUGUAUUUAAGGCAAUGCAACCGCUUGAUUUGCCGGGUGCGCGUAAUAAACUGACCGGUUUUGGAAUGCAGCUGCUCGACAGUAUUGAUCCAAACCCGGACAAUAUGGUUUGUGCCGGCAUCAUACACACCCAGGCCCAUAAAGUGGGUUGUUUGCUUCGUUUGGAACCGAACAAGCAGGCACAGAUGUUCCGUCUGACUAUACGAUCCAGCUUAGAGGCAGUGACGCAAGAAAUAUGCGAUCUGUUGGUGGAUCAGUUUUAAAUGUAAUUCCGCCCCUCCCCCCCCCCCCCCCCAUAAUCGCAAGACUCUAUGGUAAGAGAAUCACAUCGCACUGUCGCGGUAUGGUGUAGAGCGAAAGCCUUGCUAUCGUAUCGUUGUGCGAAACUACAUGCAUAAAUUAAUCAAUGAAGAAUGAAAUAGAGUACAGACUGGAGAUAUAUUGGUGCCCAAGGCAAUGUUGAAGUUGCAUCGAUGUGUAAAGUAUAUAUACAUUUGAUGAUGGUGGUCAGUAUAGGAGGUGAAUAAUGCCAUAAGCGCUAGUAGAAUGUGGAAGGAAGUCGACAGGAGCCGAUCAUACGUCGGCGACGCCAUGACAAGAUCCAAUGCUGAUGCGUCCUGAGCUAGGGGGGUUGCAGCGUAUAAGUUAUCUUGUUCAUUAUACGUUAGUCGUACUGGAGAAGGAAGUUCUGUGUGGUACAUAGCAAACAUAUAUGUACGAUUUACGAGGCAGUUACUCUAUCCUCUAGCGGACUGGAGUAAUGCGAAAGCCAAAGCUUCCGUGAAAGUAAGAUACUAGGGAAUCGACAUUGCAUGUUUAGGCGGGAUCAAUGGUUAAAAGGUAAUCGACAUCACGGAUAUCGUCUCCUAUCUGCCGAAUGGUGGCCACAAUCAAAAAGCGUAUCAUUCGACCAUUAGAAUGGAGAUUAGACAACGAGAGACAGAGCGGAAGAUAAAUUAAACUAUUAAAAGCAAAACUAUAUAAUUAUCUAUUUGAACUUAAACUUAAACGGAAAGUGUUGUUGGAACAAACUGCUUUCACUGGAUUUCCAGUCCCCUCCUCCCCUGACUUGAUUAGCUGGUGUUCGUAAUAGAGUCGAUGACAUAAGGAGACAUAAGAAGUAAUCUCAUUCUCAAACGUUCAAGGGCGCAUAAAUGACAACGCUAGUUUAUGAAAUGUUCCAAAUGUGGCACGGAGCUGUGACACCGGUUUAAGGAGAAAAGCAUAAUCUUUCGAACAGCAUUGCGAGUCAAAAGUAGCAAGCACGUUAACAUCGAAACCAAACUGUGUGCGAAGGACCAGAUCGCGAAUAGUAUCAAUCAGACGUAGUGAAACGACAAACAAAGCAUUGACACGAGCUAACUCAAUGUAGAUAAAUCCUCCGGCAAAGGCAGAACGCUUGCAUGUGUUGGUUUAAUUUUACGUGAAGCAUUCUAAUCCAGCAUAUAACUACAAAGAUAAACUAUUAGUGUGCAAGGAAAGGAAAGAGCGAAGGAUGUUUAACACUGUGGCCAGUAGUAAAAGGGAACCUUUGUUCGUAGUGUUCUUAUCUCAACAUGUUCCAGUAACAUUCCCUGUUUCGUAAUUACAUGCUAAUGUCGGAAGGAAACAGGGAUUGUAGUAAUUUACAUAAAACUAGAUUGAUGUUGGGAAACAAACAGAAAGGGGGAUGAGAGAGAAACACACACAGAUGAGGAAGGACAAUUUAAAGAACAUUAGAAGGCGCAUCAAUGGCACUGUUAAGCUGCACAAAAAACGAUCUUACAAAAAGAAGAUAUCCGUUUUUUUCGAUUUUCCGAUUGGUUGUUUGUGUAUUGUAGAUUGCUUUCGAUUGAGCAUGUUUUAAGCAGUACGCGGCCCCUUUAAUUUGCAAUUUGCUUAUGUUUUGAUCGCGUAUACGAUUCUCCAUUUAGACGGGAAGAAGUAUAAAUGACCGUGCAAUAGAAAGUAUCGUUUACGUUGUGAACGUGACCGAUUGGGAUGUUUGUGAGGUGGAAUAAACAAAAAAGAAAAACAAAUAGUAAGGAAAUUAUGUUUUUAUCGUUGCAAAUAUACAUAUAAUGCACUAAGCAAAGCUGUACAUUGUAGAAAGUUGUAUUUAAAACAAAAACAUGAACGGUACAGUAAAAUAAGCUGUUGCACACUAUUAUGCGUACGAGCGGCGGGUUGGCAUGUCGGCGACGAGAGGAAAAGGGAACUUAGUAAACUAAAUUAUAGUGGAAAAGAAUCAUACAAUCCUUCAUUCAUCAUGCUUCGGUGCACAUACUCUUGUUCAAACUUCAAGCGCUGUAAAAGAAUUACGAAUCUUAUGGAUUUCCAUUCAUCACGACAAGUGUAACAAAGGCGCAGAAAGUGGAAUGGACGCGCCAGUAACUUCAUAUUAGCAAACGUUUUCAUCUUUUCCUUUUUUCCUAGUAGAAGAAGAUCGCCUAGUCUACGAACAAGAUACUAUAUUUAGCUUAAAUAUACGCAGGCAUAUUAUUGGCUGGAGGACAUUCCAAAAAAACGGAAAGGAAGGUAAAGAAGUAAAAACAAAAACCUACAUAAAAACAUAAGCAAUCGACCAUUUAAAGAAACAAAAAAGAAUAAACCCCGCUCUGUUCAGGAAAGGUGUGGAGCUUAAUAUGAAUAGUAAAAAGGAGGGAAAAAACAUUGUUAUUUGAUGAAAGGGAUAGCGGAUACUAAAUAAACGUAAGCUCCUCUUUAUCUCCGCUCUGAGAUAUAUGUCUUGUGACGGAUGGGAAAGGACCAGUAAGACACCACUCGCCGAUACACGGGCGCCGUCAUCGUCGUCACCAGAUGCUGAUCAAUAUGAGGACCGUUUCGCACUAUUACGAUCCUGUCAGUAAAACCACAUGCAUAAGAAAAAAGCUAGACUAGCAUUAACGAGUUAUAGAAAUCUGUCAGGCAAAACAGCAGAAAAAGGGAUGAUAAUCGUAAAAAAAAAUAUUAUACCAAGAUACCGGUGGAAAACGAUACAAACAAACAAACAAAACAAAAAUCCAUUAGCUGCGCGAUGGGCAGAGAAGGUAGGAAUGUGGAUGGAUGAAAGAAAAAAUAAUAUAUUGAAAAUAUACACAUGUUAUUGAAUCUGAA